GCGAGGGGACCCGCGGGCAGCGCCGCACAGGCCGGGAAAUGAGCGCUUGCAAAUCUGCCUGGGAACGGACCCAUGAUCCAGGGACCAAAAGAGCCGCAUGAUCGUUGGACCUGGCCCUGCGACCCCGGACAUGGGCCAGACCUCGGUGUCCACGCUGUCCCCACAGCCCAGCAGUGUUGACGGACUGGACAAAGCUUCUAUAGCAAACUCAGAUGGCCCAACAUCAGGUUCCCAAACACCUCCCUUCAAGAGAAAGGGGAAACUAUCCACCAUUGGUAAAAUCUUUAAACCUUGGAAAUGGAGGAAAAAGAAGACAAGUGACAAAUUUAGAGAAACAUCAGCAGUGUUAGAAAGGAAGAUAUCCACAAGACAAAGUAGAGAGGAGCUGAUAAGAAGGGGAGUUCUUAAGGAAUUACCUGAUCAAGAUGGAGAUGUAACAGUUAACUUUGAAAAUUCAAACGGGCACAUGAUACCCAUCGGAGAGGAAUCCACCCGAGAGGAAAUUGUAGUAAAACCUGAAGAAGGUAAUGGCUCUGUAUCUGAAAAAACACCACCUCUGGAAGAAAAAGCAGAAGAUAAGAAAGCUGGUUCCUCUCAUUCAAAAAAAACAAGUGGCUCCAAAGCAUCCACUUCACCAUCUAUUUCAUCCACCUCAUCUCGUCCUAAAGCUUCCAAGGAGACAGUUUCUAGCAAAACAGGGACAGUGGGAACCACAAAGGGCAAGAAAAAAACUGGCAAGCAGCCAUCCUCUCGACCGUCUGCAGAUGCAGCUGCCUCUGGUACAUCCAGUCUUAAAGGGGAUCCUUCAGAGACCAGAGCAGAGAGCCUCAAACCCGAGCAGACUGUCCCUGGGACCGAGGAGCAGACCACAGGCAAAUCCAAGUCCGUGGUCCCCCCACACCCCGUGGCUCCACUGCCUCUUCCCCCUAUCCCUCCUCUUCCUCCUGAGGAUCAGUGUGUUACUCCCUCAGACACUCCCAUCAUCCUGGUCAGCAAUGGGGCUGACCUACCUGCCUCUGCCUUAGACCCAAGUAGGCUUCUGUGGACUGAAGAGCCGACCAACAAAACCACUCUCCACCCAGGCACUGGCUUAAGUAGCAGAGAAAAUGCAAAAUGUUUCACAACCAAAGAUGAGCUGGGGAAGGCAGCACCUCAGCUCCUGAUUCCUGGGCUGUUGGGAGAAUCUUCAGAAUCCUUCAGUGCCCCGGAGGAUGAAGGUCAAAGGGACUACCAGGCCAAUGACUCUGAUUCUGAUGGGCCUAUUUUGUACACCGAUGACGAUGAGGAAGAGGAUGAGGAUGAGGAUGAGGAUGGCAGUGAAGAAAGUGCUUUGGCAAGUAAAAUACGACGAAGGGAUACUCUUGCUAUCAAACUUGGCAACAGACCAUCUAAGAAAGAAUUAGAGGACAAAAACAUCUUGCAGCGUACAUCUGAAGAAGAGAGGCAGGAAAUCCGACAACAAAUUGGAACCAAGCUAGUCAGGAGACUUAGCCAGAGGCCUACAACUGAAGAGCUAGAGCAAAGAAAUAUCCUAAAACAAAAGAAUGAAGAAGAAGAACAGGAAGCAAAAAUGGAACUUAAACGCAGACUCAGCAGAAAGCUCAGCCUGAGACCCACAGUGGCAGAGUUACAAGCACGAAGAAUCCUGCGGUUUAAUGAGUAUGUAGAAGUCACCGAUUCCCCAGACUAUGAUCGCCGGGCAGACAAACCCUGGGCCAGGUUAACACCUGCGGACAAGGCAGCAAUAAGGAAAGAACUAAAUGAAUUUAAAAGCACAGAAAUGGAAGUUCAUGAAGAGAGUCGACAGUUUACAAGGUUUCAUCGUCCAUAAUGAAAUGCAAGACUGUUUGGAAACACAGAUUGAUAAUCUUUUGGGGGCAGCACCGCUUCCUGAAAACCUGAUAUUGCACUGGGAUUUGAAUAUGUAUGUUUCAGUUUAACUUGUGGUGAAGGCAGAGUGUGACUCGGCUUUGUUGGAAAGUGCUCCUCACCUGUGCAGCCCAGAUGGGGCCAACAAGCAAAGGGAAGGAGGCAGUGACCCUUGCUGUCCAGCAUGUGUUUUCAUGGUAAGGGACACCAUGGUUACACCAGGCAUUCCUCAUCAGGAGUUUUAAUCAAAGAAGAUGAGCAGAAGACAAUCACUGGCUCCCUGUUACCAGAAAGCCAAACUUUAGAGUGCGGGUUAAAGAAAAAUGGCAUGGAAUCACUGGGCACUGGCAAGGGGUGGGAGUUGAAAAUCAGAAAAAAAGAUAAGUAUUUCAUCAUGUUAAUGAAGGAAAGAGAAAAAUUGAAGCAUAGUAUAUUUUUGAAGUAGGCGUUUGGUAGCUGAGAACUUACAAUUAAGAGAUUUGGGAGUCUAAUCACCCAACACGCAUUUUUGAAAGACCUGAUCCGAGAGGACUCUUCUUGUUUCACCAUUGUUAUGGUACAAUAUCAAAUACCAUUUAUGUUGUGCCAGUGAAUCCAAUUGCCAGAAAUAAGUCUGAGUGUUUUUGUGCAUCUUUUUCUUAAAUGCAAGAGGCUUCUACUGACUCUUAACAAGCAUGCUUACCCAAAUUUUGUUGCAUGCUUUGAGUAGCACAGCUACACACAGUUUUUAGUACUCCUUACCUAGUGUACCAACCUUCCACAAGAAUAACAGGACUGGGGAUAAAGUCAGAUAUAAUGUGACCCUAUAAAACUGUAGCAAGCUUUAGAAAUAAAUCUUUUGGUCUUUCCUUGAUUAUUUUCUUGAUUAUCUCCGAAGUGGAAAUGACCAUACUUAAUCUAAGGAAGAUGAUAUUGACAAUCAUGACACCUUUUAAAAAUCUGAAUCCAAAGUUAAUACCUAAGCAAGAUGUGAGUGUGCUGCCUGCAGUUAGUUCUGAGACGGAAUGCAGAGGACUAUUUUUUUUUCCCCAGUGCUUCAUUAAGUUGGAUUGCUGCUAUUUAAAAAAAAAAAAA